CCUAUAAUUGGAGAUUUGAGUGAAUUCAGUCAGAACUUAUGAUGAGUUUCAAAAGAGGGGUAUUUUGGCGUGUGUGAUAUAUUCAGAAGUGUUUUUUACGUUACUCAUAUCAACUCUAUAGACAAAACGAGAAUGUCUCUACAAUUCCAAACUCGAAGCAGGUUUCUUGAGCUCCAUCUUUCAAACAGCCUUAACGACUGGGAUAUGGAUGAAGAGAUCAAGCUGACCACAACAACUGACCAAUUUUACCAAGGAGACAAACGGAAUGAUCAGUAUCUGGUUCAGUGGCAGUGUGCAAGAAUAUCGAGAAGAAAGGACGACCUCUCUUUUCAAAACUAUCAGAAAUCAGUUGAGGACUCUCCAAUACAGCCAAAUCUGUGGUUGAUGGUCAACCCCAACCUAGCCUGCCCAAUUAAGUAUCCCAAAAAAGUAACAAAGAUAUUGAGUCCCAAGGUGCCACUGAAACACCUGGUACCAGUACCCAAGCCCACAGUCACCCAUGUCAAACCCAAGUCUAUCCCAAAUGUGCUUCCAGUUUCACCUCCUGAGGACACCUGCUUGGCCGACUCUCGACAUGACGCGUCCUCCAGUGAGUACAUGCUUACAGAUGAGGAUGACGCCUCUUCGGUGGAUGUCCCCGUUUGUCGGAAAGUCAAAACUGCCCGCAAGGCAAAGGCCCCUAAGGGUGGACCACGAAAGCUUAGUCUGGCCCAAAGCAAGCGCCUCCAGCGGGUCCUUCAAGACAGCAACAACCUGAAGAGCGGAGCCUGGCUGCGUCCCCCUGUCAACUACUGCAUCUUAAUCGCCAUGGCUAUUGGCAGCAGCCGCACUGGCAGCCUCAAUGUCCAGCAGAUCUAUAACUUCACAAGAGAGCACUUCCCAUUCUUCCAGACAGCCCCUGACGGCUGGAAGAACACUAUCCGCCACAACCUGUGUUUCAGCAACAGCUUUCGUAAGACCCCCCAGCAGGUGUGCAGCGAGGGGAAGAGGAAGUCCUGUCUGUGGCACCUGACUCUAGAAGGACGCCGGAGGCUGAGGGAUGAAAUCCACACCCUUACCGGGGACUCGUACAAAGUGUUGAAGAGAAGCAUGAAUAAUCCUGAUAUGAUUCAGACUUUGUUUGCGCUAUGAUCUGUGCCUUAGAGGUUACCCCAAACUGAGGUGGGACCUUGGGACAAUGGCUGUGAUGCAAGGGGCAUCGAUGGCUGUUGAUAAUGGAUAAGUGAACAGCAGCACUUCAAUUAUGUUUUCCUUAGACUGUAUAUUUUUUGGGUAUGUUAUGGAUUUUGGGGGUGUGCUAAUGUUUUUCAGGUGUGUGUGUGAAUUUAUCACUAACUGUACUUUUGGAUUUGUUCUGAAAAUAAAAAUGCAUCAAAUAAC